AUGUCAACAGUAAGAAAUACAUCCAAUAAAAAUACAAAAGAUGACAGUCACCAACCGAAAAAAUAUGAUAAUAAACCUUCCUUGACAACUACACUCUCCAUUCUAGACUACUAUCUCCAGACUAGCUUGUCACCCCCUUUUGGGCACGUCAAGAAUAAUUUAGUUCUCAUGUUAAUGGUAGCAAAUUUUACCAGAAUAACCAAUAAAAUGAAUCUUUCAAACGAGGUCAAUUUGGAGGGACUGGUUUCCAGGUCGGACAAGCUCUCUGCAGUUGAAAUUAACUCUAUAUACCAGGAGGCAGGAAUGCUGGCUGUGCGUAACAGAAGAUAA